UAUUUUCAUGUGUCACUGACAGAGUUCUAAUAGAGAACAACGCUAGCGAUGAUGCCACUGUUAUUCAGUUCGUCUCCAAUUCUGUCGAGCAGAUUAUGUUCCUGGAUCCAAUUAUUGCAGUUCUUAUGGCCAUUGACUAUCUCUGUAUUUGGAAGCCAUGGUCUAAGUAUUCAGUGACUGACCCGAGAAAUUGAUACUGAAGUCUGUGAAGCUCUUAAGGAAGAAAGAAGCUUCAAGUGGAGAGGACACGAUUGAGUUGGAUCUUGAAGAAGAGUUCUCGAGUUUGGCUCUUGAUAUUAUACGGAUUAGUGUGUUCAACUACGACUUUGACUCUGUCACAAAAGAGUCCCCUAUGAUUAAGGUGGUGUAUGGAACUCUGUCCGAGGCAGGGCAUCGGUCUACUUUCUACUUCCCCUAUUGGAACUUUCCUCCAGCCAGAUGGAUAGGUCCAAGGCAAAGAAAGGUGCAAAGCGAUCUCAAGAUUAUAAACGAUUGCCUUGAUGGAAUCAUUCAAAAGGAAAAAGAGACAAGACAGGUGUUUCACUACUUGCCGCUCUCUUCAUUCUACUGUUCAGUUUCUGACUUUGUUAUCUCUGUUUCUCCCAGGAAAAAGAUGUAG